CCUAACCUAAUUAUUUCCACUGUCUAUAAAUACUGAUAACGCAAUGCAACAGAGCCCUAGUGAGGGACAGAGCCUGUUUUUUAUCUUUAGCUCUGCAAAUAGCGCCUCUGCUUGAAUCAAAGGAGGCCUCUCGACGUGACUCUUAAAUAAUGGCGACCGCUAGGACUGUUAAGGACGUUUCUCCUCACGAGUUCGUCAAGGCUUACGCUGCCCACCUCAAGCGAUCCGGCAAGAUUGAGUUGCCUCACUGGACUGAUAUUGUGAAGACUGGUACACUCAAAGAGCUUGCACCCUAUGACCCAGACUGGUACUAUGUUAGAGCUGCCUCUAUGGCUAGGAAGAUUUACUUGAGGGGAGGCCUUGGUGUGGGUGCCUUCCGUAGGAUUUAUGGUGGGAGCAAGAGAAAUGGAAGUCGUCCACCUCAUUUCUGCAAGAGCAGUGGUGCUAUUGCUCGUCACAUUCUUCAGCAAUUGCAGAAUAUGAACAUUGUUGACAUUGACCCCAAAGGUGGGAGGAGAAUCACUUCAAGCGGUCAAAGGGAUCUUGACCAAGUGGCUGGGCGGAUUGUGGUUGCCCCUUGAUCAAUCAAACAUUGGGCUGUGGUACAGAACUGCAGUUUAUUUUGGUAGUUUUAGCUUUCUGUUAUAGUCAAUCAGAUUACAUGUUAUGACAUUUUUUGGCUUUCAACUGUCCGUGUCUUUGAGAUGAACAUGGUUCAUUCCAGUUUGCAUUUUAUAUAUGAUAUUUUGAGAUUUAAACA